GUGGUUCAGAAAAACAGAGGGUGGCCUUAUAAAUUCACUUGCUUGCUCAAUCACACAACCGGUAGACAACAGUGAGCAGACAUCCUCUCACCCUUCAAUAAAUUCACCACCAUUUUUGAACUCAGCACCCAAAUCUAACAUAACCCUUAUUACAAACUGAAGAAGAUGAUGGUAGUUGAGUCAAUUGAGAAUCAGGAGGCGAUCGGUGAUGGUGGUCAUGAAUGUAACAGUACAUCUUUUGAACAGAAAGCUUCGAUUGAUAGUAAUGGCGUUUCAUUUCAUCGAACAGUUGGUGUGCUUCACAUUGCUCUUAAUCGCGUGAGUAAGUGGUGUAUUCUUGUAAGCUUUGGCGGAUUCAUUCUCUUGAGAGAUGAUAAUCAAGCACUAUGGGCUGUUCUAGGCUCUGUUCUAAACGUCGUUUUAUCAUUCACUCUGAAGAAGAUUAUAAAUCAAGAACGACCCGUUUCUGAAGUGUGUUGUGGCCCUGGAAUGCCAUCUUCACAUGCUCAAUCCAUUUCGUUUGCCACCAUUUUCAUGAUUCUUUCAAUCGUUGGAUGGGUGGGAUUGAACGGAUAUUCAGCUAUUCUGAGUGGACUCAUUAUAGCAGUUGGUGUAUAUUUUACAUGGCUACGUGUUCUAUUACGUUAUCACACUACCAGCCAAGUGGUCGUGGGGGCAAUUGUGGGCUCUAUAUUUUCUAUCGUAUGGUUUUCCACAUGCGAUAUUAUGGUCCUAAAUGCAUUGACUGAUGUGAAUCAAAAUACCAACUUCCAUACUAGCCUGACCACCUGUUUUGAGAACAAGUUCCAAUGCAUGCUUCCUUAG